AUGGCUUCCUCAGAGCCCUUCCCCUCACUCAACACCGGGGCCGACCAGAUGCAUUCGGCUGCCGCCAACGGCAAUGCGCGUCGACGUAGAAAGUCGAGCGGCCUUGGCGCUGAGAUACGCGCCGGAGACACGGGCGCACCGAGUCUGCAAACCAGUCUCGCGAGCCUGCAGAGCGCCUCGUCGUCCAGCUCUGGAUCUCCGCCCCGGUCAUCGUCGACCGACAUCAAGGACCCCCAGAAGAGGGGCUUCAAGCGUCGCAAGGCCCGCUCGCUCCUACGCCGCUACAAACACUUCGCCUUGAAGCACACCUGGGUCAUACCGCUGGUCCUGCUGGCCAUCUUCGGUGCCCUGUAUGCCAUCAACCCGACCGAGUCGAACCCGAUACACCACUUCAUAUUCCUAUCCUACGAGCUCCCGCUCGUGGCCGGCGCCGACCCCACCACCCCUCCGCAAUACGGCAAAGGGCUGUGGGAUGUCGCCUUCGUCAGCUUCUACAUCAUCGUCCUCUCCUUCACGCGUGAGUUCAUCAUGCAGGAGCUUCUCCGUCCGCUGGCCAGGAAGGCCGGCAUACGGUCGCGUGGCAAGCAGGCCCGUUUCAUGGAGCAGAUGUACACAGCCGUGUACUUCGGCGUCCUGGGCCCUGCGGGCAUGUAUGUCAUGAGCCGUACCCCGGUGUGGUACUUCAACACCCGCGGGAUGUACGAGAACUUCCCCCACAAGACGCACGAGGCCGUCUUCAAGUUCUACUACUUGUUCCAGGCUGCGUACUGGGCGCAGCAGGCCAUCGUUCUGCUGCUCGGCGUGGAGGCGCGACGGAAGGACUUCAAGGAGCUCGUCGGACACCACAUCGUCAGUCUGGCGCUUAUUGGGCUCAGCUACCGAUUCCACUUCACCUACAUGGGCCUCGCUGUUUACAUCACUCACGAUAUUAGUGACUUCUUCCUUGCGACCUCGAAGUCCCUCAACUACAUCGACCACUUCCUAGUCGGGCCGUACUUUGGCGUCUUCAUGUGUGCCUGGAUCUACCUGCGCCACUACCUGAACCUCUGCAUCAUCUGGUCUCUGUUCACCGAGUUCAAAACCGUGGGCCCAUACGGAGUCAACUGGGAGACCCAGCAGUACAAGUGCGACCUGUCGUUCUAUAUAACACUGGGCUUGCUCGCGUCACUGCAGGCUUUGAACCUGUUUUGGCUCUUCUUCAUCGUCCGGAUCGCAUAUCGCUUUGUGGUGUACCAGACAGCGGACGACGACCGAUCUGAGGCCGAAGACACCGAAGUUGAAGAGCCCGAGGUCAUCAAAGUCAUCAAGGAGAAGGUCUCCGAGAUGCAGCCGCUAUUGAACGGCCAUAAAUCUACGAACGUUGCUACCAACGGCUCUCUCAAGGAGCGUGCCAACGGACCUGUGACAACGCCAAAGAAGAAGAAGAUGUCUACGCGGUAG